AUGUUAUCCGACGUUGUUGAGAAGUACGCCCUCGAGGAUCAUCUCCUCGAGGAUGCCUACCCCACGAAUCCCCCGCCACAGUGGGUCCGCCACGACACCAUUGUCCGGUCAUGGCUCAACAACACCGUCGCGCCCGAGCUUCUCGCCAUGAUCGUUGACACCACGACGCCACUGCCUACACAUGCCCUGUGGACGCGCCUCUCCAACAUCUACCACGACAACGCGGACACCCGCUCCUCCUACCUCGAGCAAGAGUUCCACGGUCUCCAACAGGGUUCCCUGACCGUGGCUGAUUACUGCCGCAAGCAGAAGGUUCUCGCCGACGAGCUCAAUGCGCUGGGCACGACCAUCACCGACAAACGCCUAGUCCAGAACACGCUUCGCAGUCUCAGAACUCGGCUUGCGUACAUGCGCACGUUGCUCCUGAAAUAG